AUGUGGUAUGGCGUCUUCCUCUGGGCACUGGUGUCCUCUCUCUCCUUCCACGUCCCGGCCGCUUUGCUAGCGCUCUUCACGCUCAGGCAUCACAAGUACGGCAGGGUCAAAAAUGUGAGCCUCCUGCUGAUGGGCAUCGUGGGACCCAUUACCGCCGGCAUCCUAACAAGUACGGUAGAUGCUCGAAAAUAUCGACCGGGGUGGCUCUGUGCUGCCAUUGCUGGAGUUUACAGAGCUGCGGGGAAAAAAAUGAUUCCCUUUGAAGCCCUCAUUUUAGGAGUGGGUCAGACAUUCUGCGUGGUGGUGGUUUCGUUUCUACGCAUUUUAGCCACUCUCUAG